AUGACUAUCGCAGAUCGCGGGCGACGGGGACGCACUAAGAUCGGGCGCGCGGUGAUGGGAUGUCUCCGGAGACUCCCAGUGCGCAUCCGCGAUACAGGACGCCCGAGGUUGAUCCAUGUCCCGUACUUCACUGAGGAGAAACCUCCGUACACUCCAUUCAAUGCUGUCUUGAGCACGCAGCGCAUGCAUGAGCAAGAGGCACGCCAGAGUUCACCGAGUACGGCGCGGGAUUGGCGCCGGCAUGAGUUCGUCGAGUGCAACUCUGCCUACCAUAAGUUCGCCCCUGAGGAUCAGAAGAACAAAGAGGAAGGAAGACGGAAGAAGCGUUGGAUACCAGGCGGUGCCGAGGAUAGCCCUGAUAGUUGGUCUCCAUGCGUCGGAGGAAGAAAUCAUUUCAUGAACUUGAAAGACAACGCCAGCUACAGACCCCGAAAAUCAAAGCUAUGGCAAUGCAAGGGUGUUGCAGUGAGAUAUGAAAUCGAAGCUAGCUUGCGGAGACUGUGCGUGAUGAAAGCAGCAGACGACCCACUGUCGGUGGAGAGGGAAGAGCAAAGCAAACAGCUCUCAGGCCCAUGCCGACCAUCAUUGGUGGCCAAAUAUCCGGAGGGUUGUCCUGAUACAACGAAGGCCUCAUCCAGCGGCCCGUAA